CUGUGUUGAGUAGAGACUGACAACAGAAAGUAGCCACUGCGCUGAAGGGGGCUACAGUAUUGCUGUGUUGAGUAGAGACUGACAACAGAAAGUAGCCACUGCGCUGAAGGGGGCUACAGUAUUGCUGUGUUGAGUAGAGACUGACAACAGAAAGUAGCUACUGCGCUGAAAGGGGCUACAGUAUUGCUGUGUUGAGUAGAGACUGACAACAGAAAGUAGCUACUGCGCUGAAAGGGGCUACAGUAUUGCUGUGUUGAGUAGAGACUGACAACAGAAAGUAGCCACUGCGCUGAAGGGGGCUACAGUAUUGCUGUGUUGAGUAGAGACUGACAACAGAAAGUAGCCACUGCGCUGAAAGGGGCUAGAGUAUUGCUGUGUUGAGGAGUGAGUGGUACCCUACACUAUCCUGUGCUACUGUUGCUGCUACGGCCAUGGGGACCAGGGUCCUGCUUCUCUCCAUCUUAAUGAUUUCUUUCAACUGGUCCAGGGGGGCUGUCAUCACUGGGGCGUGUGAUAGAGAUAUUCAGUGUGGGUUUGGUCUAUGCUGUGCUGUCAGCCUGUGGCUUAGGGGACUGCGGAUGUGUAUACCACGAGGGGAAGAGGGGGACGAGUGCCACCCCUUCAGUCACAAGGUGCCCUAUCCAGGAAAAAGACAGCAUCACACCUGUCCAUGUCUUCCUCAUUUGGUCUGUACCAGCUACACAGGUAGCACAUACAGGUGUACCAAAGACUUCAAAAACCUAGACUUUUGAUGACCGAGGAGGAAGAAGAGGAGAGAGAAGAAGAGGAGAAAGAUGGGAAACAAUGACAACAGCACAUUCAAUCACACACAACCUUCACUCUUUUCCCUCUACUUAGUCCCUCAAUCACACACGACCUUCACUCUUUUCCCUCUACUUAGUCCCUCAAUCACACACGACCUUCACUCUUUUCCCUCUACUUAGUCCCUCAAUCACACACGACCUUCACUCUUUUCCCUCUACUUAGUCCCUCAAUCACACACGACCUU